CCAACGCCGCCGAGUCACACGCCUCUUUUGAGUCCACAACUGCUCCUCCUCUGCCCCCUUCUCCCAAUCUCUUCUUCUCCUCCCGUUUCAAGCCGCUCUACCCCCCUUUCGCCGGAACAGCGCAGCCAGCCGAUGGAGAUCGACGCGGCGGUCCGGGCAAGCAGCGACGGCCGGCUGCGCACCAAGUACGGCAGCGCCGUCUACGUCGUCCAGCGAGCCUUCGCGCUCUACCCGUUUGAGGAAAUUGCUUUCAGCUUUAAUGGUGGGAAGGAUUCAACCGUACUCUUACAUUUACUUCGGGCUGGUUACUAUCUUCACAAAACAAGUUCUGGUGACGGAGCCCAAACCGAUACGAUUCAAAACUGUCCUCUGCGUACCAUCUAUUUCGAGACCCCUUGUGCUUUUCCUGAAAUCAACUCAUUCACUUAUGAAACAGUCUCAACUUAUGGUUUGCCACUGGAAACUAUCCGGUCAGAUUUCAAGUCUGGCCUAGAAGGCCUAUUGAAGGAGAAGCCUACUAAAGCCAUUUUCAUUGGCACUAGAAUUGGAGAUCCAAAUGCGGUUGGUCAAGAACAGUUCUCUCCUAGUUCCCCUGGCUGGCCUCCUUUUAUGAGGGUGAACCCUAUCUUGGAUUGGUCAUACAGGGAUGUCUGGUCUUUCCUCUUAACCUGUAAGGUCAAAUACUGCAGCCUUUACGAUGAGGGGUAUACGUCCAUUGGGAGCAUAUAUGAUACUGUUCCAAAUGCACUUCUUAGUGAUUCAUCAACUGGGAAAAGCUUUAGACCAGCAUACAUGCUAUCAGAUGGAAGGCUUGAAAGAGCUGGGAGAAUGAAGAAGACUAGUAGUAAAACGGGAACUAAUUCUGUUGCAAGCAAUGGCAUGAACAAUGCUGAGGGAGAACAAAUGAUCUCACGCUCAGCUUCAAUUAUUGUAGUUGGAGAUGAAAUUUUGUUUGGAGCAGUUGAGGAUGAAUUUGGUGCAGCCUUGUGCAAGAAGCUUAAUGAAAUUGGCUGGCGAGUUUCUCAUGUAGCAGUUGUUCACAAUGAAAUCGAUUCUGUUGCUGAGGAAGUCGGACGAUGUAAAUCUACUGAUGACACGGUAUUUCUUUUGGGCGGGCUUGGGCCUCUACAUUCAGACGUUUCAUUGGCUGGUGUUGCAAAAGCAUUUGGAGUGCGUCUGGCUCCUGAUGAAGAGUUUGAGGAGCAUCUUAGUCAACUCAUAGGAAACAGUUACACUGGUGACCGGAAUGAGAUGGCUCUGUUGCCAGAAGGAAUUACUGAACUAUUACAUCACAAAACACUCCCGUUGCCAUUGAUCAAAUGCAAGAAUGUGAUCGUUCUUGCUGCAACUAAUGUUGAUGAACUGGCCAUGGAGUGGAAUUGUCUUCUGGAUACCCAAGAGAGCGGUUUAGUGAGGGCAAAACCUUUUGUGUCAAAGCAUCUCAGGACUUUGCUCCCAGAUGUUAAAAUUGCCCCGGUGGUUGCAAAACUAUGCCUAGAGUUUUCUGAUGUUUACAUAGGGUCUCAUCGGAUCUCUAGAACUGGGCCUUUGGUUGUGAGUCUUGUUGGAAAGGAUAAUCAGAGGGUAGAGGGGGCUGCAGAGAAACUGGCAAGUAGCUUUGAAGGACAAUUUUCCCAAGUGGACAGUUGCAAAUAAACUGUCAGGGUAUUCACACUUCCACAUUCCUCCCAUAUUCUUUCUGCUGGAAGUUCUGAAAUUGUGCAGAUCUAAUGGUGCAUUGUGGUGCUCGGAGGCCUUAAUCCAGUCGCCGGAAUAAACCACCUACUUACCUCUCUGAAGCUCCAGAUAUUAUUUAGGAAACAUACAAAUUUUGUUCCAGAAGUUUAGAAGUGAAGGGGACGAUGGCUCCAGCCACUGUAACGAUGUUAGCUUUGCAUGGGCUAUUUUGAGCGGGAUAAGAGAUCGCAAUUAUUCCGUGGAAAAUUAAUUCAAUGAUUAUAGCGCAGUUGUGUUAUCUGAUUCUUUUGUAAGCCAGAUGUUAAUUAUGUUAAAGCAUCUCUAAAGAAUAUAUGUGGUAUUAUGUCAAAGCAGAAGAAGGCUACACAUUACACGUA